UUUGAUGUCAUCUAUCAGCAGUUUUGCAUAAGAAGUCUAGUAGUUUGCAGCAAGCAUGGCGCAUGUCGAGUCGGGUGGCUCCACGCCUACUAUAGAUAAUCAAGUGAAUAAUGUAGAAAUAUCGGGCGACAGCAACACGCAGAAUGGUGGAGAGAAAACGGGUGAAAACGGAGAGCAUUCUAAUCCUGGAACCUACUUUGCUGGUGGAACUCAUAUAAAGCGUCCCCCGCCGGCUAAAGUCUUUUUUGCUCCACAGAAGUAUGGAUUCUUCACUAACAACAAAGUUGAGCAGCGAUGGAGAGAUGAUCCCGAUAAAGACAAAAAAACACACGCUGAUGAUAUUAUCGCAAAUGUUACAGAGAAGUUUUUCCCUCAGAAGAGAGCUGCACAAGAACAUAUGCCUCCUCCGAUGCCACCGAUAGGCCCAGCGUUUAUGCCCCCUCCCCCGGGCGUGUUGCCUCCUCCUGGCGUACCAGCUGUACCCCCGCCACCGUUCAUGAUGGCCCCUCCUAUUCCUACCAAAGAGGCGAAAAGAAUCAAGUUCAAUGAUGAGGAAAGUGAUGAGAAUGAACUUUUCGCUAAGCUGCUUUACAAAAAGCUGCGGUCGAUUACUAGCAGAAAGCGCUUGGAGAUCUUGCAUGUUUCAAUAAUGGAGAUGGUCAGACAGGCCCAAGAAGAGGACGAACGUGAGAGAACUGUUACCGGUAUGGAUCCGAAUGGGCCACAAAUGGUUUAGAAGAUUGUAAUAAGAUCGCUUUGAGUCUCAUUCAUUCCGAGGCUGUACAGCCGUAUCUCUUUCGUCAUAACUGAAAGAUUUGGCUUAUUAAUUCAGUAUUUAUUGAUGCAGACAAUUGAGUUGUGCGUGUGUUGUGCUUAUCCUAUUUGAAUUUGCUGUCUAAUGAACUGACUGAAAGUAAGU